GAACUGACUCUUCUACACAACGGACCACGUCGCUCUCGGCUCUGGACUCUUUCCCAUGCGCUUGGCCUCAGAGACAACUGUGACAUCGACACCGGCCGAGCCGCAUUCGAUCUUCGUAUAGAGUCGAAUUUCGCGCUCUGAGCCGAGCAUCUGUGAACAUCUUUAGUGGACGAUCAUGAAUUACGGCAUCGCUCAUUAGUCAUCAUCGAAUGGUAGCCGAAAGUGGUCCAUUGCGGAGAGCUUAGUUGGCAGACACUACUGAGGAGAUACGUGGUCAAGUGGUCCGGGAGGUCGGCCAAGAGACACCACUCUGUGUCGCACGGAUUGCGUUUGUGUGAGUGCGUGUGCUUGUUCGUUGUGAUCUUCGGGUGAUUUCCAACAGACGAAAAAAUGACUUCACACUGUCUCUCAGUUUUGAGAAUCGUGAUGACCUCAGCGUGGAUACUGCUCUUCGCCCUCGCGAUCUCCGAAGCCAACUUCGGAAUGAAACGGAGAAGUCACAAAGAAACCCGUCAAGCGGAAUGCAAGAUCCCUGCGGAGUGGAGCGGGGAUUGGGUUCAGCACGACACGACUCAACACACCCUGAGGCUGGACAAAAGCAACUUUUUGGCCAGCGGGAAAUGCAUCGACUCAGCCGCCAACUCAGACAAGGAGCACACAUUCGUCAUCGAGGAUGCGAAAGACCGCUGUUACCGCGCUUUCGUGAUUCACGAGAAGCAUCCGAACGUUCUACAAUACCGAAAAUCAAUGUGCCUCGACAAACCCCAGGAUUCCAAGUUGGAUCCGAAUAAGGUCCGGUACCAAAUCGAGUCCGACUCGCCCACGGUUCUCCUGAUUCGAGUGAACGCCACUCCCGAACGCUGUCCGCUCCAACACCAGAGCUACCGCUUUUCGUACAACCGCAACCACGGCGAAUGCGUCAGUCCGCCAUCGAGGGUAGACCAAUGCAACCAGAACAAUACGAAGUUGCUGUUCCGCUUCCAGGCCUGUGCGGACGUCAUAGGGACGGAGUCAAGCACCGAGGAGCUGACUUGUAUAGCCGGCUGGCGCGACGGACAACAUUUGUACUUCAUUGGCAAGAUGAUAAAGAAAAACGCCCACAUUCGAAACCACAACGACGCGUCCCACUACAGAUGUUACAUCUACCAACACGAUCCAGAAGCUAAGACGACGUACAUAGCAGAGAGCGCCGACGCCACCUGCUACGGCGUGUACUCCGCCACGGAAGGUUCUCGCGUCAUGAAACUGCACACCGUCGACAGUCCGCCUCCGCAGUGCUCAUUCCCCCUGUACAUGCUCGAGAAGGAGAAGGAGAAACGGCCGAUUUGGCUGAAAAUCAACAAAUACAAUUCAGCCGGAGAUUCGAAAACGAAUUUCAUAUUCAAUAGCACACUGAGAGAAUUGACGAUCAAAGAAGAUGGCGAUUAUGACGCGAGGGCCGUCUGCAUCCAGCAGAUGGUCGGCCAUAACCCCGACGAGAUCAACGGGACGUUCAGCUACGUCGUCGAAUACCAACAGAAAUGCGAAACAAGCUUCCGUUGUAUGACUUUCCAUCGCCGUUCAGAGCACGUUGUCGAGCUGCAGAUUGGAUCGCCUGCCAUUACCGUCAAGGAGGCGUGUUACCAGCCCUACUACGACAAGGACAGCCGUACUUUUGACACCCUCUACCGUGCUGCACCGAGGAGGUGUGUUCUGCAUGGGAACUCUUUCAAAGUUGUUGGCAAACUUCAAAUGCCUCUGGACCAUUGUGGGACCGGCCAUUUUUCCACGCUGGGAUGCAUCCAUAAGAGCUCCAUGGUGUUCUACACAUCGUGCGGUUCUUACAAGUUCAAUAAUCAUUUCGUCUGCUAUGGGCAUUACCGUCGAGGGAACUCGACGUACAUGAUCGCGGAGGAGGAAGGCAAGGGCACCGUGUGCUUCGCCUACACCCGGGAGAGCAAAUAUUACACGCUUAAAAUCUAUCAGGACCAGUGCCCGCGAUCGCACGAGCCCGAGCUCGAAGCACACAUGCGUCUGCAAGUGUUGCAGAACCAGAACGACUGCGACAAUAAUUUGGAUACGGCGUCGCGAGCAGCGAUGGCGUCGUCAGCCACCAGUCAAGGGGUCAGGAAAUUGCUGUGUUUACUCUCAACGUUGGUCCUCAUCAUGCUUCGGUAGGAGCGCCCACACUGUUGUUUGUUGAGGUCUUAUGCAAUGUCCGUGUACAGAAGCAGAAUUCGGAGACCCCGGCCGGUUUUUAAAUAGAGGAAUUCCGGAUUGAACGAUCGACGAGGCUGCCGUCACAGAGAUGGAGUAUGGCCCACUCGUCGCGCAAGCUGACACGGCUCAGUCAGCUGGAGGUGGAAACCGUCUGAUAGGAGAGAUACCGUCUCAUAGGCCCGUAGUCGGCACUAAACAUACAAUCAUUGUAAAUCUAGCACGAGCUGUACACAGUUUUGUAUGAAUGCAGUGGAACAACGUCCAACUGUUCGUAGUGCCUCGAGUGUGUAUCGUAUGAAUUUGUACAUUGGGUGUGACAAGCUUCGAACGUUCCCAGCUGUAAAUAGGUCGUCUGUGAAUUGUGCAGAAGUUGAGGGUGGACGCGCAAGCCGAGCUUCUCCCAUCACCGUUCGGGACGAAGUCCGACCUACGGUUCAGAAGACUGUUUUUCCGGUCCGAGGGAACUUAUUCGGUUCGGGAGGCUUUUCCAUCGGGAAAGGCGUUUUUCUUUUUUGUGUGGCAGCCCUCUUCGGUUCGAAUAAGUUUUUUUCGUAGCUUCGGGACCCUUUCUGGUCAAACUUUUAGUGCGAGAGGAGAACGAUUCCGUGGGAGGGAAGUCUCUUGUUGACUCGAGAAACCAAGAGAAAAGAGGACGGUGGUGUCGAACGAGGCCGAGAAAGGGUAAAGAGAAAGUCCCUGAAAAAGUCGAAGAAGUUUUUUUCGGCCUAGCAGGACGCAAAUCCGAAAAUAAUUGGCUCUUGGGCUCACUUUUUUUUCGCUGUCU